GUUAGCGCGGAGCCAUGGAGGUUUAAUUGCUUCGGCGCCCUGGCUCUUUAAUGGCCACUCCUUCCAACGCCUCCGCUCCGGCUCCCACGCGCUCGCCCUGAGCGCUAGGGUUUGCGCUCGGCGCUCGGCGAGGAGGCGAGGCGGCGGCGGCAGCAGUUUGUGAGGGCCGGAGGUCGUUUGUUGCCGUCGCGUUCUCCGGCAUUGCUGGUUCUCGAGGGGAAGGAGAUGAUGGUGGGCUCUUCCCAGCAGCAGCUGCUGCAGAGGAAGGGGAAGGCCGUGGAUGAGAAGGGCGCCGCCACAGCUGCGGCGGCGGAGAAGGUGGUGGUGGCCGUGAGGGCGGCCACGAGGGAGAUCUCCACGACGGCCAUUGUCUGGGCGCUAACGCACGUCGUGCAGCCCGGCGGAAGCAUCAUACUGCUCGUCGUCAUCCCGGCGCAUACCUCUGGCAGGAAGUUCUGGGGCUUUCCGCUGUUUGCGGGUGAUUGCGCUAGUGGCCAUAAGUCGUCUAUGUUGGAUCAGAAAUAUGAUAUCUCAGAGCAGUGCAAUCAAAUGAUGAAUAAACUUAAUGUGUAUGAUAUAGAGAAGAUAAAUGUGAAAACUAAGCUUGUUUCUGGCUCCCCUUCUGGUGCUGUGGCUGCUGAGUGCAAGCGUGCACAAGCAAGCUGGGUUGUGCUAGACAAGGAGUUGAAGCAUGAAGAGAAGCGUUGUGUAGAGGAGCUUCAGUGCAAUAUUGUUGUCAUGAAGCGUUCUCAGCCUAAAGUCCUCCGCUUGAAUCUUGUGGGAUCUCCUGAUAAAGAGUCUAAAUCAACCUGUACAAUUCCACCUGUGUUGGAUGGUUCUACUGGUAAAACCGCUACUGAUGUUAAGGAGGCACGAAGUUCAACUCGAGGACCGGCUGUAACCCCAAAUAGCAGCCCAGACUUGGAGACGCCUUUUGGAAGUACUGAAGUGGGAACAUCCUCUGUCUCAAGUUCAGAUCCUGGUACAUCUCCAUUUUCUGCUUCUGAAACAAAUGGUUCUCUGAAGAAAGAAGUGCAAACAACAAAGGAUCAAAUUCAGCAUUCAGAUGUCAAUAUUUCUGAUUCUGACAGUGAAUCACUGAGCCCUCCUGCAACUUUCUCGCUUCAGCCAUGGAUGGCCAACAUUCUACAGGGAUCUGCAUCCUCAAGAUCACUUGGAAAAGGUCCAAGGAAAACUCGUACUGCAACUGCGGAUGCUUUACUGGAAAAGAUCUCCAAGCUUGAUCUCCUGAAUGAAAUUAGUGCCAUGAGAUGCAGGUCAGACUUAAACUUCCGUGGAGAUGUUAGGGAUGCUGUCUCAUUGGCAAGGAAUGCGCCUCCUGGACCACCUCCUUUGUGUUCAAUAUGUCAGCACAAGGCUCCUGUUUUUGGAAAGCCUCCUCGGUGGUUUACUUAUGCUGAAUUGGAACUUGCAACUGGUGGUUUCUCCCAAGCAAAUUUCUUAGCUGAAGGUGGAUUUGGGUCUGUUCAUCGAGGUGUCCUUCCUGAUGGCCAGGCAAUUGCUGUUAAGCAACACAAGCUUGCAAGUUCCCAGGGUGAUGUUGAGUUUUGCUCGGAGGUGGAAGUUCUUAGUUGUGCACAACAUCGAAAUGUUGUAAUGCUGAUUGGUUUUUGCGUUGAGGACAAAAGACGUUUAUUAGUUUACGAGUACAUCUGCAAUGGAUCAUUGGAUUCACAUCUUUAUGGACGUAAUAGAGAAACAUUGGAGUGGGCAUCGAGACAAAAGAUUGCAGUUGGUGCUGCUCGUGGGCUGCGGUACCUUCAUGAGGAAUGUAGGGUUGGCUGCAUAAUCCAUCGUGACAUGAGACCAAACAACAUCCUUGUCACACAUGAUUUUGAACCACUGGUUGGAGAUUUUGGCCUGGCACGAUGGCAACCUGAUGGUGACAUGGGUGUUGAAACAAGAGUCAUUGGCACAUUUGGUUAUCUCGCACCCGAAUAUGCGCAGAGUGGGCAAAUAACAGAGAAAGCUGAUGUGUAUUCUUUUGGGGUUGUGUUAGUGGAGCUUGUCACUGGGCGGAAGGCAGUUGACAUUAACCGACCAAAGGGGCAGCAGUUUCUAACUGAAUGGGCACGCCCUUUCUUGGAGUCUUAUGCAAUUGAUGAACUCAUAGACCCGCGUCUGGGGGACCGCUACUGUGAAAAUGAAGUGUAUUGCAUGCUGCACGCGGCAAAUUUGUGCAUAAGACGAGACCCACAUUCAAGGCCUCGCAUGUCCCAUGUUCUUCGCAUACUUGAGGGUGACAUGGUCGUCGAUUCUGGUUCUGUUAUGGCCAGUAGCGAUUCUGGGAGCAGGAGCUGGAGAAUGCUGAACGAACAGCAGCAUUUCCAGGAGUACAGCAGCCCGGGUCAACAAGAUUCGCAAAGAGCUGUUGAUGGGAAACGCUCCUACAAUGCUUUGAGGGCCUCUUGGGACCGAGACAAGCAGAGCAUCUCCAACAGAUAUUAGUGCUACUCCCAUAAUGUAGUGAAAUGGAGAUGUUCAAAUCUGUAUUAUUCCCUGCCCCUACCUCCCUGUCUUUUUUGUUGUUCUUUUGCCUUCACUUCCUAUUCCUAGCAAUGGUAGGCUGAAAGCUUUUGCGGGUACAUUGUGCCGGUGUAUAGUGGAAAUGGUAAUAGGUUACAAGUAUAUUGAGCUCCGAGGCAGCUCUUGUUUUGUGUAUGAUGUUUCGAGGAAAUGCGAUGGCAAAUUGGCCGUAGUUGUAAUGGUUAUUAGUAUUCUCAGUAGCUUGAUCAUAUCCACAAGGCAAUGGUUCUGUAAA